AUGCAUUGUUUCUCACGGAGCUCCUCGAGUGAUUAUUGUUUAUAAAUAAACAUCUAGUUUCAUAAUUCGCAUUUUAGGGAAGAUUCAACGACUAUUAUUUAUUGCUUUGUUGCUGCAGAAUUGCAACCAUUGAAUGUGUUAUAAAUUGCUGUUUUUAGAGUCAGAGUCAGAGUCGGCCGGUACGUUGAUUGGUUUGGUUCGUUGCGUUUUCGGAUUGGUUUGAUUGGAUUGAAUCGUAUUGACUUGAAUUGAAUUGGCAGUUGAUCAAAACGGAUCAGAUCAUAUUGGAUUACUUACAUACAUAAUUCAUACAUACAUAUGUAUAUGUAUGUGAAGUGCGUAAAGUAUUGUUCGGUGGAAAAGUGUUUGUAAUAGAACGUGCUGUUGUGUGUGAAAAUUUAUAACAGUUUACGAUUUUGUGAAAACGCAAAAAAAAAGGAAUGAAAUUCAUAACUAAAGUAUUUAGUGUAAAUCACUUGAUGUGUAAUUGAACAUUUUCGACUGCUUAUCAAUCGCGCAGCAGCAGCAGCAGUGGCGCAUCGCACACCACACGUACCGUACGUACACCUAUACGCAUGCAUACAUCGUACAAAGAAACAUAUUUACGCAACACGCACGUAUUCACAUAAAUACAAGUAAAUUCUAAGGUAUAAACGCACACGCGCCCAUCCACCCACCAGCGCGGCCAAUUUGAUAAACGAAUGUUUGUGACGGUGUCGUCGGUUUCGUUGACGUCGUGUCUCGUGAGUGAAGCAUUGCAAACCGCAUUCACACACACGCCCAAGCAAAAAGACUCGCACACAUCUACAUAUACGCAUCGGUACGCAACCAUGUUAUUUAGCGAUUCUGAGAGAGUACUCGUAUUUUACGAAUUCUCCCAGCCUCUUUGAGACGUCGAUUCUUACAAAUUAGGAGAAGCGACAAUAAGGCAAAGCAGGAGAUAGGCAGCAGUAAGCAGCGGCAGCAAGUGUUCAUGCCCGUGUCUCUGUAUGUGCACAUUGUUGGGAUAAACUUGCCGUGCAACAGAUUCGCGUAGUUGUGUCUUCUUGCAGCUGCCAUCAUCAUUCUUUUCUUCGUUCUCGUUAACUUUGUUGUUGUUCGUAUUCGUUGUUUUUGUUGUGGUAUCAUCGUGCAGAAGGGGCGCAGCGUUAAAACUAGCGCAAAUGCCGCUGCGGUCGUCGCCUGCUGCAAAAUGGAAACGAAUAAUGUGCAACUUUGCCGCAUCUGCAUCUCGGCGAAUGUGGGCUGCACGCAAAUGAUUUCGAUAUUUGGCGAAGAUUCGCUGUGGCAAAAAAUCACCACUUUGGCCGCUGUUAAGAUUGAAAAAGGUGACACCCUCCCGCAACAAGUGUGUGUGAUAUGUGCCAAAAACGCGAUUUCUGCGUGUCUCUUCAAGAAGAAGUGCGAAGAUGCCGAUAAUUUCUUUCGACAGCAACUACUCAUACAAAAGUUCGAGAGUAGGACUUCGGUUGGGAAUCAUGUGGCGUCCGUGCAACCAGAAGUCGACUCCACCGAUCAAGUUCCCGAAGUGGCCGCAAUGGAAAGCUAUGGCGGGAGCGACUGUGAAGAACAGCCCAACCAUCCACAUAUCAGUGCCAGCGGACAUCCUAAUAGUGCAAUGACCGAAGAAGAUGAUGGAGAAAUAAAGUUUCCAUAUUGCAAGCAACCAUUCGAUUUCCAUUCGAUACGCCUAAUGCACGAGUACAUGCAACAGCAGCUAAGCAAAAUAAAUGGUUCCCAUAAGGGCGCGGGAGUUGGCAAUAGCGGAGGAAAUUCGGACGCUUGCGCUGACGAUGAUGAAGAUCCACUACCGCUCAUACCUGAAGUCGAAAUGUUAACACCGUCCGACGAAGGGCCCGUCGGUGGCAGCAACAACGAUAACAUGCCUGCUUACGGCGGCGUCGAACAAUCUGCAUUGCGUGGCUACCAAUGUCCUGACUGCUUCCAAAUUUUCGAAAUGAAACAGAUUCUCAAGGCACACAUGCAAAGCGUACAUGGCACACAGGGCCCUGUAUAUGAGUGUACGAAUUGCAAAAAGACAUACUUUUAUAAGCGAUUCCUGGAGAAGCACGUGCGGCGCGGACGUUGCGUCAAAAAGCGACGCAAUCAAACACGUCCGAUGCAGUGUUCUGAUUGUCAUGUUUUAUUUCCCACUGGACAUCAUUUAGGUUGGCAUAAACGCACGGGCUGUCCAUCUCGGGCUGCUAAAAUGCCGUUGCAGCAGCUUCUGAAGCAGAAUAUAGUGGAAUACAACAACUUUCCGAAACGCGUUGGCAUACGAAAACCGGAGAAUGCGCUUUACCUGCAUAACAGAAAAAUUCAUAUAGCCAAUAGUAAACGCAAAGGACGUACUCGUAUCAAGCUGGAUUCGAAGAAAAUUGCUUUGGCGAAGCAGCUAAUUCUGCGCGAGGCCACUACUACCGUCAUAGCCAACGAGCUGAAUAUUUCCCGAACAUUUGCUUGGCGUUUGCGUAAGAGUCUUGUGAAUGGGGUGAGUCUGCAUGAGCGCGUCAUCGACACCAAUGGUGAAGAGGGUGAUGAAACCGCGGCUCAACCUAUGGUAGCAGACAGUACUGAGCAGCUACCGCAGGCAUAUCCUUUCGCACAACAAACCGACCAAGUCGCUCAUGUUGAGUGUAUGGUGAAGCGAGAAAAAUCAGAGAGUGAUGAUGAGUCCGAGGAAGAUGUAGAUGCAGAGGUGGGUUUUACGCGAAAUAAUGAGGCAGCCCAUGGAGAGCAGGGGGAAAAUAAUGAAGCGCACAGUGGAACAUUACAAAUGUCUCGACAACAAAUUUAUUCAGAACAGUAUAGCCUAACAGUGGACAAGCAGCUACGCAUUGAAGAACCGGAUCUAUCUGGUAAUAGUAAAAUAAUGAAGCAACAACUGCUGCAAUUGCAACAGCAACAACAAGCGAAUAAUGCGAACGACGAUGAUGAUGACGAUGAUGACGACGAUGAUGAUGAUGAUGACGAUGACGAUGAUGACGAUGACGACGAUGAUGACGACGACGGUAAUGAAGAUCAAAACGAUGGCAACGAUGAUGAUGAUGAUGAAGAUGAAGAGACUGAUAAUUCUGUUGAAAAAAAUGACGAUGCUGAAAGCGCUAAACAAAGUGAAGCACAGAAACUACAAAUACAACAACAUCAACUACAGCAAAAGUAUCAACUGCAGCACCCACAAAUAAAGCAAGAACAAAUUCAAACAAGCACAGCUCUUUCUCACCAACUAAUGCAUGGUACUGAAACGCCAGGACAUAUAACCAGCAAGGAUCCUACAGAUCAUCGUCAACAAUUGUCAAAUCAUGGUAAAGAAGAUGUUGCUCAGCCGAAUUUGCCAGUUAUAAAUCAAUUUCCGUCCACAGUUUCUGCCGCUAUACAUCAACUCCCAGUGAAUUUAUCCAUUCGUCCCAUCCAAGGUGCACAAAGCAAUGAAUCGGAGAGCAUGCGGACUUCGACAUCAACAACAGCAGGUCAGGUAAAGAAGCCGCGUAAGCCGAACGUUUUCAUUGAUGAUGAGAAAUACGCGAUGGCCAAGACGCUCGUCGCGCAGAAUUCAUCCACCAUGGAGAUUGCACGCGCUCUCAACGUUUCGCAGAUGACAGCUUGGAAGGUGCGCGAUGCCAUUGUCAAAGGACUGCCUUUGUCGUAUCGCAACAAGAGAGACGGGCGUAGUGCUUCGAAUGGGUCGAGUGUUUGCGGUGAAACGACUGGAAGUGCAGUAUCGGAAAGCGUGGAACAACAGAUGGCUCAUCAAUUGCUAUUGCAACAGCAACUGCAACAAGAGAAAUACCGUCAGGAGCAGUUACAAUUGCAACAACAGCAAAAACGAUUGCAGCAGCAGCAACAACAAGAACAACAAGAACGCUUGCGUUUGCUGCAAAGACAACAACAGUUAAAGGCACAACAAAGUAUUCAAAAACACCAGCAACUACAAGAUCAACAACAACAACAGCCUCAACAAGACCAGGGACGAAAUGGGGUGCAUUAUGCGACGUCGCAACCAUCAUCGUCGCCACGAUACGAACAACCUGCUACCAGUACCACGGCGGCAGCCACGGUAAAAUUUGUGCAUCCACGACGUCGUUUGAAAGCGGCCGAGCGUGAGCAACGCGAUAAGGAAAUCACACGAGAAAUACUCGAGCUCAUACGCGAAGACAGUAAUAUUCAGUAUUGGAAAGUGUCUGCGCGCCUUGCCGAGAAAGGCUUUCCAAUUUCGCCAUCGUCCGUAUGUCAAAAACUCAAAUCAAUGGGCAUACAUCGACGAUGGAAACCGGGCGAUAAGCCACCAAUGAUGGUAGACAUAGAGCAGCUGAAAGCGGUGAGUGCCAUAGCCGGCAAUCUGGUGCAUCCACCAAACUCUGCCGAUGAAGGCUAUGACCAUCAAUUCGACAUGGGUGGCGCACACUUUCUUAGUGCCUUUACGCGAUGAACCAGAAGCGAAGUGUCAAAAAAAAAGUUCAGCUAUUAAAUUAGCGUAAAAUUUUGAACAAAGAUUAUACAAACAUAUUCGUGCAUAAACGCACGUUGCGUUGCAUACACACGCACACAUACAAAUGAAUUAAACAGUAUCUUUUCGAGGCAACAUACAGUAUACGAAUACUUAAAAUACACAUAAAAAAGUGAACAAAGUUAGACAAGUAAAAAGUAUUCGAGUUUCAAGUAGUGUCUUGAUUAAUUGCACAAUUAUAGUUAAUCGUAAAAGUAUUUAUAAAAUUGAGUUUUAAGGUGAAAAGUUUAGAGUUCAUAACAAUGUAUAUGCAAAAAGUAAAGAUGCAGUAUUUGCAGGGAUGAUACUAAAAUUACAAUUAGUAUUAAGUGAGUCAUUAAUCAGCUGUAUUAUUAAACACAAAAACUCCUAAUGGAUAAAGCAUUCCAAUUUUUUUUUCUACACACGCCACUUAGCAUAUCCACUAUUGAAUUAUUGCACAAGUUAAGUACUUGAAAAAAUAAAAACAAUUUAAGCCAUUAAAUGGCAAAGACAGCUUCCAUUUUAUAUACGCAUACAUACGUAAAUUUUGUUCCACACAGACUUAUAUUUUAGUACAUAUGCAGCUAAAUGUGUAUUUAUUUUAUGUUUACAAAAAGAAAUGUCCAUCAGAAAAAGGAAGUUAAGUUUGUAGGAAAUAAGUAAUUAAAGGUUUACCUAAAUAUUACACUAAGAAUGCACUUGAAAGACUAGAUUGAUAGACAUAUAAAGACAUUAUCAGACUCUUGUACGUAAUAGUUACUUACAGAUAUUAUUUUUUUUUGUUGUAACUCUUCAUUAAACGUUGAAAAUGCUGUAAUUGCAAAGCUUUUUCAAUUUAUUUUUAAGCAUUUGUAGAAUAUUUUUUAAUGUGACUAAAAUUGCGGAAUGCUCGAGUUGAAUUCUCAGGAAUUCAAUUUACAUACAUACGUAUCUGUAGACUUCUGAUAAAUCCGCUUAAAUCGACUUAGCGCUUUUUACCUGCGAAAUAUUAAAUUUCUGAUGCCGUUUUUAAACUUCAAGUUGUGCAAAGUCUUAGAAUAAAAAUAAGGUUAGGUGUUAGGUGUUUGGCCGAGCUCCUCCUCUUUUUCGGCGUGCAUCUCGAUGUUGUUCCACAAAGGGAAUAUAAGAGUAUAGAAUAAUUGAAGGUUUGCACUUCGAUUAAAAGGUCUUUUGUGCCCUCAACUCAUUAUACCGAACCCAGUUGUCUCAGUGAAUCUAAGAUGCAGUUGGGUUAAGCUGAGCGUAUGUGCCUUUCUUAUGGCCGUACCAGGCCGAGAUGUUUGAUAUUUUCUCUCGCUAUAUAUACAUAUGUAUAAUUUAGGAGUCCAUUUUAAUAAAACUGGCUUUGCAUACAAAUACUAAAGUUUUCUGUGUAA